CCUAGGCUUCAGAACUUCAAAGGAUCUUAAAAAUAAAAAAAUAAAAUUAAAGCAAGUAGCAAAAAUUUGGACGAGAAACAAUGGGAGCUACCAGGUGUCAUAUGGUGACGUGGUGUAUCUAAAUCUAGAAUGCUAUCCUUCGAUUUGAUCACUCCCUCAGUCGGACAGCAAGACAUGUGGAAUCGGAAAUGCGAUUGAGUGCGGUGGGCAAAAGAAGUGAGGGUUCAUGGCCACUUUGCUUUCUUCACCCACAUCUUUUACUUUAUACCUCCCAUCUCCUCCGAGAACUGUCCCAUCUCUCCGCCGUAGCCCUCCCAAAACCCUAGUGGCUUUCCGCCACAGUAGAGUAUCGUUCUACGGCGGUCAGAAUCUGACUCUGCAUUCGCCGGCGGUGGUCUCAUCCGGCUACUCUGUGGCUCUUGCGAGAGAGCUUCGGCUCGCCGCUUCUGCCGUCCUCUUUCUUGGCCUAGGGUUUUUCUUUGGAGCUCGAGCUAGCUCUGCCGCUCCGUUUCAGUUUCUGCCUUCUCUAGCCGCCGAAUCUUCGACGGUGCAAGAGGAGGCACAGACAGGUCAAGAUGAUCAUAAUCAGAUAAAAGGGGAUAAUGUGGAAAAUUUAGAGGAUAAAAGGUUGGAAGCAGCAUUCAAAGCGUGGAAGUCUAAAACAUAUGCUUUGACUGUACCUUUGAAAGUUGUUGCUCUGCGUGGUUCCGUACCUCCUGCUUGGGUUAAGGAUUUUAUGCAAUCUCAAGGGAAGAGAUUAAAGUUCCAAUUGAAGUUACAAGGAAGCCUUGAGGGUAUCUUCUCUGAUUUAUCAACAUCGUUCACCAAAGGCAAUGUUGGGUCUUCAUCUGUUGUGGCAGCUGAUAUUGUCAGUGUUGGUGACUCCUGGCUCAGUUAUGCCAUUAAAAAGGCUAUAAUUGAGCCCAUUGAAGGGGUAGAAGACCAAGAAUGGUUUAAAGCUCUGAGUGCCAAAUGGAAAAUAUAUCUACGCAGGAACAGUGAAGGGGGUAUUGACUGUGAUGGUAAAAUAUGGGCUGCUCCGUACCGAUGGGGCUGCAUGGUAAUAGCAUACAAGAAAAGUAAAUUUCAAAAGCAUAAUUUGGCUCCUAUAGAGGACUGGGCUGAUUUAUGGCGACCUGAACUUAAAGGGAGGAUCUCAAUGGUUGAUUCUCCUAGAGAGGUUGUUGGUGCAGUUUUAAAAUAUACGGGAGCAUCAUACAACACAAACAAUGUAUUGGAAGUUGAUGGUGUGCAGAAAAAUCUCACUUUACUUAGAAACCAGGUUCGAUUAUUUGACAGCAUGAACUAUCUGAAAGCAUUUGGAGUAGGAGAUGUAUGGGUGGCUGUUGGGUGGAGCAGUGACGUACUUCCUGUUGCUAAACGCAUGUCUAAUAUUGCUGUAGUUGUUCCAAAGUCAGGAACUAGCUUGUGGGCAGAUCUAUGGGCAAUCCCAGCUGCCUCUAGACUCGAAACAAAUAAAAUUGGUGGACGAAUUAGAGGGCCAUCUCCACUCAUCCAUCAGUGGAUAGAGUUCUGUUUGCAAGCUGCAAGAGCAAUUCCCUUUAUACAGGAGGUAAUCCCAGGUUCAUCUCCCUCAGCCCUUGAAAGCGUUACCGUAGAACCACCCAAAGAGCUCGCCAAGGGCAAGCCAAGACUGGUCACAAACCUAAUUGCAGGAGUACCACCGCCUGAUAUUUUGGCUCGUUGUGAAUUUUUGGAGCCAUUGUCCGAUUCUACAUUGUCAGACUAUCAAUGGCUACUUAAUCAGUGCCAACUUAAGUCAUAGGCUAGUAAGGCCCAUGUUAGGUCCCCAGAGGCCCAAAAAAACCACAUUUAUAUACAUAUAUUAAAUAACAUAUCAUUUUUAAUUUAGUUUAGAAUAGUCGAUAAAUAAAUAAAAAUUGCAAGAUUUCCAUAUUAAUUUCAA